UUUCAGAGCUAUACCUCCUUUACUCGUUUCCUUUUCGAUGUAUUAUCUUCGUUUUAUCUUGAAAUAUCUUUGCGAAGAGCGUACGAUUCGAUAUCUGCCGAUAGUAUUCCGUUUUAUCAAUGUCUCCCCUAAUUUACGAUAUAUUCUCGUCUCGUUUCCCUGGUUGCGUUAACUUUGGACAAGGACAACGUUACGCGACCGAUAUAAAAGGUAUCCCACCAUCCGCUCUAGGAAGAUCUUUAUUUGUCUUCUCUAUACGCGUAUACCGUUCCCGCGAGGCUGUGGGAGACGUUUAGAGUAGCGUUUUAAUAUUUAAAUCGGAAUCGCUUUGCAUUCUCGUGUGUGCACGCUUCCCUGGUAUAUCGGUACACGAUGGGGCCAAUGUCCGGCCACUGUGCUCGAGGCUCUCAUGACCGUUCGGCGACAAAGAAUACCGGUUUCUCGGUGUACUGACCACUAUAUCAAGGUAGAGCAUCGGUAUAACGCCGUCUUUUAACCGGACCCCGGUCAGUCUCAAUCCCGUCGACGAUCCUCGUGCAUUUUUCCAUCGCUUCGUGGCCCAUCGAAGCAAAACGGUCCUCUUCGUCAUGUAUCCGCGUUACGGCCUCCUCCUCGUGUUCGCUUAUCACGUUGUGACUGGUCUGUCCUUACCGGCGACGACCUAUGAUCAACGACAAACCGGUGAUCUAAACGUGCAAGUCCACCUGAAGGAUGUGCAAGUGGUGGCGUUGUUGGACCCGGAGAUGCUUGACGAUUACACGGAAUACGAUUAUUUCUACGAUUACGCCGACUUUACGUUGAAACCGACCGUCAAGCCCACCACCAGUACUACAACUACCACCGAAACAGUUCCAUCAGAACAAAUCAAUGUCUCUGAAACAUCCGAUUCUUCCUCUCAAAAUUCGACAUCUCCUUCGAUCAGCGAGACAAAUGCAAAUUCUACCAUAGAAAACGCGGAAAUUCUUCUACCAGUGGACGCUGAAAAAACGAACGAAACCUUAGCUAGUUCAUCGACUGAAAGUUUAGAAAAUUCAACUAGCGACGACAGUAUACUAAGAAUGAGGUUGAGUGACAAAAUUACAAGCCUGUUUGAGGAUAAGAUGGAAAAUCCAACGAAGCAUGAUGACCGGGCAUCAUCAUCCACGGACAAUCCGUCCAAAAGACUGUCUAGAAAACGGUGUAAAUUAGGAUAUUCACCGGAUGGGAAGGGUCGUUGUCGUCGUUUCAGUCAACGAAAAUUAUCGUUAAUUCCAUUGACGAUGAGAUUACCAUCAAAACUUUUAGACGAUCUAAGGCGCAACACAAGGAAUUUGGCGCAGGAGGAAGACGAUCGAAUGCAUUUAAACUGAGCCGUGCCAUGAAUAUUCGAUGAAUCCUGUGCGAUUGUGCGAAGUUGCCUCAUGUUCCUCAUGCGACUUAAGUCGAAUUUAUAUUGUUUCAUAUUGGAAGAACACGGUAGAUGAACACCUGCUUUCAUCCGCGGACGAAACGAGGAUGAGAGCAGCGUUGCAACAACACGCAAAGUGAAAGAGUGUAAAUUCGGCUUUAUGUUAAGUUACUUAUGCCCCAUCUUACAUUUCCAUUCGGCCAUAAUUCCCCAAGUCGCUGUAUAUAAUAAUACAUAUAAGAAACAAUUAUACUUGACAGGGUUACAAAAUUGUUGUAAUAAACUUAUGUAUCCAUA